AUGAUGGAUACAUAUUCUGUCUGUGGUGAGGAUGAAGAUUUGAUUGAUAGGGAAUUUCCACCGUGUACUGUAAAUGACCAUGACAGUCUGACAAAGAGUGAUGAACAAAAGCUUCGUAUUUUUGAUCUGGAAAAGGCUAUAGAAGCUAAAUUGAGAGAAAGAAACAACCUACGGGAAAAGUUGCGUUUGCUCACUCGGCAAUCUGAAAGGCUAGAUGCUCUGUUUUCUUUGAAAUUGGAAUCCAAGGAAAGAGAAUUACGGCAUUUUUUGCUUCCCUGCGUUCCACGUUCAAGUACAUGUGACACCGACGCCAAUAAACAAAACAUUACUACAAAUUCUACUAUUAGCUCCACUGUUCGUCCUGUCCCAACUUUAGUUACUGGGUUGACAAAACCUUUAGAUAGUUUACUGGGUCCUACAGUCACUGUAACUCGUGCAGUCAAUCCGAAAGGGGGAGGGCUUUUACCUACUCCAUUUCCUAAUCCGUUACAUGUUGGAAAUAAACUUGCUGCUUACACACGUGGCUUGCCAUUAUCCUCUCAUCAUCCUCAGUCAUCCAAGUCUACAAUGGACAACGAGUUGUCAACAAAAGAAAUUCCAAGUUAUACCAAUGUACUUGUUGAUUCCUCUGUCAAUUUGAUAUUAACUCGCUUACUCCGAGUACAGCGGAAUUUUAAUAAUUUAGUAGCAACUAAUCAGUCUAAACUACAAUCGUUCACUUUCACACAAAACAGUCAAAACGGUAAAAGGAUGAUGAUGCGUAUACGGGUUCUUGAACACGAAAAUGAAGAGCUAGCAAAUGUUAAUCGUGCUGGUCGAACUGCUCGUUUAGAAACAGAAAUCGCAUUACGUCGUGCAUUUGUAAAUGACCUAAAAAAUGCACAUUCAGAUAUGGAGUACUUAGUCGAAGAAGCCGAAAGUGAAACGGAAUUCGUUGGCAACUCUCUAAUAAUGAUGCAACAGAGACUGCAAUUAGGUCGAACUACUGUUGGAUUUUUGGCUGCUGAACUGGGAAAAAUUGAACCUGAGUGUUGUGCACGAAUCUUGGCUUCAGCAGGCAACACUAAUGACAACAAUACAUCUAUUGAAAAUAAAAAGCACGAUAAUUCUAAUCCUGUGUUGCAGCAACAGCCAUAUUCUAGUUCUCAAAAUGAAAACUUGUAUGAUGAUGAACUUAAUUUAAGUUCUGAAGUGGAAAUAAGUCUACCAUCUUCAGAUUCUCCUUUUUCUGAAAGAACCGAAUUGAGAUCUAGUAGCCCUCCGCCAGAUAAUGGAGAGUCCGAUUUAAAUGCCACUGAAACAGUUUGUGAUGAAAAGGAAGCAUUGAACCGUAAACAAACUAUUCACAAAUCAGAAAGAGAAAUUUCAGAAGAUCCUUACAGUUCUACCAAAUCCAAGCGUAGUCGCAUCUCAGGUAAUUAUGAUGUUUCUUCUGAUGGAAAAUCCACGCGUCACUUGGAUUCAUUGUCGUUUUUGCAUACGAAAUUGCCUAGGUCCAAUACAUCUGUUUCAGGUACAGAACGAAAUAGUACGCAUCCUACAGUCCCUGUACGUGAGCCACAACGGACGUUACACUCAAACUGUGAGCAUACUGCUCGGAUUAACCAAACAAAGUCUAAUUCAUCCUCUUCAACAACUGUAGUUGAAUGUGUUCCUACUGAACUUUUGAGACUUUCUAAUUGUAACAGUCAGUUGGCUGUUGUUGUUCCCUCUGGAAAAUCUUGUAUAAAGUCUUUCACAUCAAAUCCCACCAAUGGCUCAUCUACUUAAAAGUUCUUUUUUUAUAGAUCCCUUAAAUGUGAAUUUUUUAUCUGUCUUCCUUUCCUUUGUUUU